AGAUCCACCCUCUUGGGAGCAAAGCGGAAGUGUGGAGCACGCCGUGGGGCCGAGGCGGGAGAGGCGAGGUUGCGAUGAGUGGACUCAGCCGACUCUUCGGGAGGGGGAAGAAGGAGAAGGAGCCAACCCCAGAAGAAGCAAUACAGAAACUGAAGGAGACUGAGAAGAUACUGAUCAAGAAGCAGGAGUUUCUGGAGCAGAAGAUUCAACAGGAGCUACAAACAGCCAAGAAGCAUGGAACCAAGAAUAAGAGAGCUGCCCUGCAGGCUUUGCGGAGAAAGAAGAGAUUGGAACAGCAGCUGGCACAAACUGAUGGGACAUUAUCCACCCUGGAGUUUCAGCGUGAGGCUAUUGAGAAUGCCACCACCAAUGCAGAAGUGCUCCGUACCAUGGAACUUGCUGCUCGAGGCAUGAAGAAAGCCUACCAGGACAUGGACAUUGACAAGGUAGAUGAACUGAUGGCUGACAUCACAGAACAACAAGAAGUGGCUCAACAGAUCUCAGAUGCCAUUUCUCGACCCCUGGGCUUUGGAGAUGAUGUGGAUGAGGAUGAAUUGUUGGAAGAGCUAGAGGAGCUGGAACAGGAGGAAUUAGCGCGGGAGUUGUUAAACGUGGACAAGGAGGAAGAACCCUCAAUCAAGCUGCCCAGUGUACCUUCUACACACCUGCCUGCAGGGCCAGCUUCCAAAGUGGAUGAAGAUGAAGCAGCACUAAAACAGUUGGCUGAAUGGGUAUCCUAAGGAGUCUGGGCUUGUCUUCCUACUGCUGCCUUCAUCGGUCUCUUUUCCUUAAGUGCCAAAUGCUGAACUAAAGGAGCAUAGCUUUUUGGGGAGGUCAUGCUGAAGUGGUGGUAUGUUCCUGUGUCAGAAAGGGGCCCAUUGCUUCUCCCAUCCCUAGCUGAAGUUUCUUGCUGCAAAAGGAAUCCUGGCUCCCUUCUCUUUAAUAGCAGAUACAAUUGUUCCCAAUAAAAUUGGGUGAUGGA